UAUAUUGGUAGUAUUUUCUGGAUUAGGCUGGGACACUGCUACUGUUCAAGUUCAAAUCUUAGAUGGUAUAUUACAAAAGUUAGGUAAAUAGUUGCUCCUAUAGUAGAUUUUGCCUUAAACUGAACGAGGUCGAUUUUGUAAAAAACUUGCAUAUUUUGUUAUGAAAACAGUCUCGAUUAUUUUCUACAUUAGUCUCUGUAUCUGAACAUUUAAACAUGACAUUUUAUCAUUACUGGUGUAGACAUGAGCAAAUUUUUGUACCUUAUUUCUCUACUGCAUAAAAUGUGAAUAUGAAGUUUGAAACUUUUAUCUGAUUAUAUGAUAUAUACAUAUAUAUGCGCUCAGUAAUCUGUUAUGAUAUGAUAUUGCAUGUGUCCUGAGGCAUAGGAUUAUGUUCUGUGUUGGUUAGGAGCCUGCCACGGGUUAUAAUUGUAGACUCCUUAUGUCUGACCUUGUCACGAGUGUAAAAUUGUGGCCUCUAACCCAAGCCCAUGGACUGUGGCCCGUGGUUACUGGGUACUAGGAAAUGGUACGGUCUUUUGCGACUUUAGGGCUUGACUCUAUGAAAUUUGUGUUGACUGAACUCACACUGACAUAUUACCUCCGCUGUGGCCAUCACAGGUCUGCUUCUUCUCUUUUGAGUUUCACAUCUCUCUGUCUCUCUCUCGCCUUUUGUUUUGCUUAAGGUCGCAUUUUCUUGAAGUGAUUAUUAAUUGAUUUGUAAAAAUAUAUAGAUUUGUAGGCAGCAGUAACUCGGAUUCUAGGAAAUGAAGCUGAAGGUUGUGGGCAAGAAACUUUAUGAUUACAUUCGCUAUGAUCUCAAAGAAAUCGCUUUCCCUUCAUCGCUUCCAGAUCCCCCCCAUAUUAAAAAACGGCGUAAACUCACCUGGCAGGAGCGAUUCUUGGUGUUGAAGGAAGCUUGUAGGCUUUAUGCUGCGAGCUGGGUACGAGAUAUCGGUCCGGAUCUUCGGCCAAAUGAUUAUAAGAAGUACGAAGAGAGUGAUGAUAAGCCUGAUGGAGCAAAAAGUAAGACAAAAGAAAAAGAACCAUCAACGUUGGAAGAUUUAGCGGUGGCUGCCAGAGGGGGAAUGGAGACAUUAAGGCCUGCUUUGCAGCGUGUGUAUAUGACGAGAGCUUCUGCCUAUAGAGAUGCGCUCAAAAGUUUCAUAGAAGGAUAUCAAGAAGGCAUCCAACAGGUCAUGGAGAAAAAAGAGGAUUCUGAAUCUCAACCAAAAAGCAAUGCACCCAAAAAUCCACCUUGACCUUUUGUAGGAGGGAAUAAAUCAGUUUUCUUCUAUUCACACAACUGGUAGAGCUUUUUACUUCUCAGAUUGUAGGAAACAACUAGCAUGAUCCACUCCAUUCAGAGGUUUUAUCUCAUUGUAAAGCAAAACUUGGAAAAAAAAACUAUCAAUAUACUGGAAAAUUUUCUGUAUAGUCGAUUCCUUCAUAAGAAACUACUUAAUCGAGUGGCAGUGCUGAGACUUAGGCCUUGAUUGUGUAAAUUUAUAUUCAGCUAUUUUUUUUUCAAAUAUCAUUCAAAUAUAAAAUAUUUUU